UUCAUUUUACGAGAUCCACCGAGUGAGGUUAUGAGUGAAAAUUGUUAGUUUAAAUUGAAUUUGUCCAAAAGAAUGUGACGAUUAUAAUAUCUCAAUAGUACUUUCAUGGAUGCCGACAGUAACUCUUAGAGCAAGGGAGAGAAACAAACCGAACAAGAGGAAACACGUGUAGGGGUGGUUAUUAGGCAGAAUCAAUGGAAUGCCAUAAUGGAAAAGUGAUGAGUCCACACAUUAUCUUCACUAUAAAGGUAAUAUAUGGACGUAAAGGUAGAGAAACAUUAGAAACCUAAGAGGGGGAAAAGAGAAUGGCGUCUAAACCAGGAAUUCUCACUGAGUGGCCAUGGACGUGGCUCGGAGACUACAAGUAUGUGGUAAUAGCGCCAUGGGCAAUACACUCAACAUACUCAUACAUGGUGAAGGAUGAAAAUGAAAGGGAUUUGGGGCACCUAAUCAUAUUCCCUUUCUUGCUAACAAGAAUGCUGCACAACCAGCUGUGGAUUUCCUACUCUCGCUAUCGAACGGCCAAGGGGAGCAACCGGAUAGUCGACAAGAACAUCGAGUUCGAGCAGGUCGAUCGGGAGAGAAACUGGGAUGAUCAGAUCAUAUUCAAUGGGAUUUUGUUCUAUAUUGGUUAUAACUACGUCAAGGAGUCUCAUAACCUGCCGUGGUGGCGAACCGACGGCGUGAUCUGGACAAUCCUGCUUCAUGCAGGGCCCGUCGAGUUCCUCUACUACUGGCUGCACAGAGCGCUGCACCACCACUUCCUCUACUCGCGCUACCAUUCCCACCACCACUCCUCCAUCGCCACCGAGCCCAUCACGUCUGUGAUCCAUCCAUUCGGGGAGCACAUAGCCUACUUCGUUCUGUUUGCUAUACCGCUGCUCACAACGCUGUGGACGAAGACAGCCUCCAUGGUCUCAUUUGCAGGUUACAUCACCUACAUCGACUUCAUGAACAACAUGGGACACUGCAACUUCGAGCACAUACCAAAACGCAUCUUCUCCGUCUUCCCGCCCCUCAAGUACCUCGUCUACACGCCUUCGUACCACUCCCUGCACCACACUCAAUUUCGGACCAAUUAUUCACUCUUCAUGCCGUUCUAUGACUACGUCUACGGCACCAUGGACAAGUCCUCUGAUUCAUUGUACGAAAGCUCGCUAGUGAGGAAGGACGACGUACCUGACCUGGUGCAUCUCACUCAUCUAACGACGCCAGAGUCCAUAUAUCAUCUUCGCAUUGGAUUCGCGAGCUUGGCUUCCGAGCCUCACAAAUCCAGGUGGUAUCUGUGGCUAAUGUGGCCUGUCACAAUAUGGUCUAUGAUGAUCACUUGGAUAUACGGCCGCACAUUCGUUGUCGAGAGGAACGCCUUCAAGAACCUAAAACUGCAGACAUGGGCUGUGCCCAAGUAUAGCAUCCAAUACUACAUGCACUGGCAGAGAGAGUGGAUCAACAACCUGAUUGAGGAUGCAAUACUCGAAGCUGAUGAAAGUGGAGUGAAGGUGCUGAGCCUCGGCCUACUUAAUCAGGAGGAGGGGCUUAACAGAAACGGCGAUCUUUUCUUGAGGAGACAUCCUCUGCUGAGAGUGAAACUGGUAGAUGGGAGUAGCUUAGCAGUUGCCAUAGUUCUCAACAGCAUUCCAAAAGGAACAACUCAGGUGGUGCUCCGAGGCAACCCAACCAAGGUUGCUUAUUCCAUCGCGCUUGCCUUAUGCCAAGGGGGAAUGCAGGUCUUCACAUUGAACGAAGACGACUACAAGAAGAUCAAAGCAAAGCUCAACAGCGAGGCUGCAAGUAAUCUGAUUCUCUCCAAAAGCAGCCCUUCCAAGAUAUGGUUGGUGGGAGAUGGACUAAGCCAGACAGAUCAACAAAAAGCAUCCAAAGGAACCAUGUUCAUUCCCUUCUCUCAGUUCCCCCCAAAGAAAACGCGCAAAGACUGCUUGUAUAACACUACACCAGCAAUGUUGGCUCCAAAGAAUAUCGAGAAUGUUGACUCUUGUGAGAACUGGUUACCAAGAAGAGUGAUGAGCGCGUGGCGUGUAGCAGGAAUCGUGCACGCUGCAGAAGAAUGGAAUUCACACGAGUGUGGAAACGUGAUGUUCAAUAUUGAAAAGAUUUGGAAGGCCAGCCUUGAGCAUGGAUUCCGCCCCCUCACGGCGUCUGCUGAAUCAAACCUCAACUAGGCUGCAUUCUGAGAUCAUUGAAAAAAAAGAAGAAGAAAUUAGAUAUGGUAUAUAUGCUGCAGCCUGCAUUUUAUAUUUAUUGAAAUGAUCAAACUCUUAAAAUAUUUAUCCAGCCUAUAUCAAAGAUAACUUUGGAGCAUUUCCCUGUGCUUCAGUAAUACACAGUUGAUAAUAAUAUAACUAUCGCAUUCGCACUUCA